ACACACACACACACACACACAUACACACGCGCGCGCACCGACUCUCCGGUCAACACUAGGAUGGUGUGAGAGUCUGGGAAUUACAGUUUACACUCAGCGGCCGGACACGCGCUCUCGAGCGAAGAGGUGGCGUUUUUUGAAAUGCUGAAGCACGGGGAGCCCAGCGGUUCUGCUUUCCUCAAAGUGGACCCGGCGUACAUCCAGCACUGGCAGCAGCUCUUCCCGCACAGCCAGCUCAAACAUGCGGCCCUGGCGCAGCUGCCCUUGCCGGCCGACAGCCUCCGACAGCGGCCGGGCCUCGUCUCCUCGUCCUCCUCUUCGUCGGCAGCUGCUGCUUUGACACCAUCCUCGAACUCGUCCUCCUCAUCCUCUGCCUCCUCCUCAUCCGCCUCACUGACUCCCUCCGCUUCCUCCGCGGCGGUAUCGUCUCUGGCGGGCUUUACGCAGCUCUCCGUGCCGCAGGUCGCGCUCUUCGGACAGACUCUCUGCCCCUCCGAGGCGCUGCCGGGGCUGGAGGACGGCGCGGCCGCGGCCAAAGAGCUGUGCGCUCCGGCCAGCCUGAAGAGCGACCGGGGCUCCCGGUUCAGACUCACCUCCGAGGAGCUGGACUAUUACCUGUACGGACAGCAGAGGAUGGAGAUUAUACCUCUCAACAACCACGCCGGGGACGUCAACAACCGUUGUGACAUGUGUGCGGACAACCGGAACGGGGAGUGCCCCAUGCAUGGGCCCCUGCACUCCCUGCGGCGGCUGGUUGGGACCAGCAGCGCAUCAGCCACCGUGCCUCCUCCAGAGGUUCCUGAGUGGCUGCGGGACCUGCCCCGAGAGGUCUGCCUCUGCACCAGCACUGUCCCCGGCUUGGGCUAUGGGAUCUGUGCUGCCCAGCGCAUCCCUCAGGGCACCUGGAUCGGCCCGUUUCAGGGUGUCCCUUUACUGCUGGACAAGGUGCAGUCCGGAGCGGUGAGGAACACAAGACACCUAUGGGAGAUCUACGACCAGGAGGGCACGUUACUGCACUUUAUCGAUGGCAAUGAACCAAGCAAGUCGAGCUGGAUGAGGUAUAUCCGCUGUGCCAGACACUGUGGGGAACAGAACAUGACAGUUGUUCAGUACAGAUCGUGUAUUUUCUACCGGGCCUGCAUGGACAUUCCACGAGGAACCGAGCUCCUUGUCUGGUACAAUGACAGUUACACAUCCUUCUUUGGCAUCCCCCUGCAGUGCAUCGCACAAGAUGAAAACUUGAAUGUGCCAUCUACUGUAAUCGAGGCCAUGUCCCGACAGGAGAGCCUGCAGCCCUUCAGCAAGACGUCCAAAUCCUCCUCCAGCAUUCUGCAGCGCUCCAUGGUCUUCCCUCACUCGCCCUGCUCUCGGACCUUCUCUCUCCUAGACAAGACAGGCAGCACAGAGUCCGGCUUCAACCAGCUGAGCGCCAAGAACCAGCGAGUGCUGGCCAGCCCCACCUCCACCAGCCAGCUUAACACAGAGUUCAGCGACUGGCACCUGUGGAAGUGUGGCCAGUGUUUUAAGACCUUCACUCAGCGUAUUCUUCUACAAAUGCACGUGUGCACACAGAACCCUGACAGACCGUAUCAGUGUGGACACUGCUCCCAGUCCUUUUCCCAGCCCUCUGAGCUCCGCAACCACGUGGUCACACACUCCAGUGACAGGCCCUUCAAGUGUGGCUACUGUGGACGAGCUUUCGCCGGGGCCACCACCCUCAACAACCACAUCCGCACACACACCGGGGAGAAGCCAUUCAAGUGUGAGCGGUGCGAUAGGAGCUUCACGCAGGCCACGCAGCUCAGCAGACACCAGCGGAUGCCCAACGAGUGCAAGCCCAUCAGCGAGAGCAGCGAAUCAAUUGAGGUGGAUUAGCUGAUUGACCGAGCCGGAAUUAAACGGCGAGGGAAAAUCAUGAUUAAAUGUCACGGACACUUAAGCAAAACCAAAGAUUUCCUCUGAGAAACUCUCAAUCAGCCCUAGAAAACCAAAAGCAGUAAUAAAAUAAGUAAGAUGUUAAAAGCUAUCGAUCCUGACACAGAUACGGGACUGGACGUGGCAGGGGAUGGGAGGGGAAUACGGAAAAUUGAAGGUAAGGGGGUAUUAGAACAACAAGACAAGAUUAUUUAUUCAUGACUUGGAGAAUCAUGGUUCUGUUAAAAAAGGCACAAAAGCUUUAUGAAAUAGGCACAAGGGUGAGUAUAACCCUAGAUUUAUCAGUUUAGUUUUCCGACCACUUGAAGCCAAACUCAAAAAAUAGAAAAUUAACUUAAUUGCUUGAUAAUUUUCCCAUUUGGUGUAGUAUUGAAGAAAUGUAUUUUUAUUCAUUUUGGCAAGUUUCUAGGUUUUCAUUUCUUCAUUUCAUUAGAAAUAAAACACCUAAGUGAAAUAAGAAACUAUAAAACUAGAAAAAUAAAAGCAUUUCUGUUUUACUAUACCAAAUAGGAAAAUAUGAAGUAAUGAAGUUGUAAUUUUUGAAUGUAGCCUCAAACAGUCAGAAUAUUAAACUGAUAAAAGUUACACUCACCCACAAGAAACCAAAACAUGUUUUUUUUUACUUUAUUUCUUAGUCUUUCUUGUACUCUGUACAAUAAAACCAAAGUGAAGAGACCUGAGGGGUGCAUGAAUGGACACUCAUCAAAAAACGAGAAUGCAGAAUAUCUGUAUAAUCGCACCAGUUAAGAAACAAGAUUUUUGAGGGAAGCAAUUUUUGUUUUCACCAAAAACAAAGGAAUAUUCUGUAUAAAAUGUAAAUUCUGAAUUAUAUUUCUCUCAUAUCAUGCUUUUUGGCACUUUUUGACUGUCAUUAUUUAAUAUUUGGGUUGAAUAUUGCUCCACAAUGUAAUUAUGGAGAAUUUUUAUUUAAGUCUAUGGCAAAAGAAAAAAAAAAUCAAAUGAAAUGAAAUAAAUAAAUAAAUAAAAGAACCCUGUUGCUAUAUAUGAAAGAAAGAGAAAAGCACAUAAGUGAUAUAUAUAUCUAAUUGAGGCUGUUCUGUCAUUCAUAAAAAAACACUGCUUUUAUAGCCGUGCUCCUUUCAUUUGGAGUGUGUGGCCACUGAAUGUUGCAUUUUUUUCAGAAAGAAUCUUUAAUAUCAUUAUUCCUAGACAAAUAGUACAGUAUCUGUUUGCCAGACUCUGCAGAGGAUUUAUCUUUCCAAAUCCAGAAUGUACAUAGCCUUAUUUUGACAUACUUUUUGCUAAUCAAAAACACAAAAGACUGAGCAGCUCAGUCUCAGAUUAUUUAACAUAGUAUUUGACAGAGUGUCAAAAAUAUAUUGAAUAAAAAAAAAUGAAAAGAUCACACUGAUUUACCUCUGAACCAAAGUAACUCAAUCAAGAUGUAUUACCUUUUCUAAACCUCUAUGGACUUUGUUUUUCAUGAACUUGAAUGAACAAAGAGUCGGUUGUAUUAAAAGCAGUAUCACGUGUAUGAUAAUCAUUACCUGUGCUGUGUCUCAGAAAACUAACAUUCUGGAAGGUGUGACGAGCUCAGUCUCGUCCACAUUUGACUCUUGUUUGCAUGAUUUCAACAUUUGCCUUUUUAAAUAAACAAUGGGCUUCAACCAGAAACACAAUGCAUUUUUUGUGAAUAAUGCAAUAACGGAGACGAAGGGGACUACUGGAUUGUGCGUUGUUUUAAUUUUGGGAAUCAUUCCUAAAUUCUUAAAUCAUUCUCCGUCGUCCUGAGGGAGAAAAGUAACUGCAUGACCGUGUAAACAUAAGCCUGGAACAACAUAAACCACUUCAGCAUUUUCUUUGUGUAUAUGAAGGCAUUUCAUUUAGGAUAACUGUCUCACUGUAUAAACAGAAAUGACAAAGGACCACUGAGGAGCAUCUACUGCAUCUACACAUUGUAGUUUAUAUCUUUACAAUGUGUUGCGUUGAGAAAGUACGUAUUUGUCUAAUGCUCUCAUCUAGAGCGACAUCUUCAAUCACAUUACAUGGGAUAGAGAUAGUAGUGUUAGCAAUCUUGCUCAUGAAGCAACUGGUAAAGUGUGUAGGUCUAACCUGGCUGGGGACCUAAGCCUUAAAGACCUUAAAUUAUAUUUAUAAAAAACAAAAUAAAUUCAAGGUCAUUAUGUGAAGCCAUGAUGCACACUUUGUGAAUGUUUAUAUACACUUCCUGGUCAAAAAAAAGUCGCCACCUGGAUUUAACUGAGUAAAUGAUGUGGGGUAAAUGGUGGUCAGGUCUAGGUUCAGCAACAGUAUGUGCUGAAAGAAUGAGGUCAGCUGACUACCUGCAUAUACUGAAUAUAGACC